AUGGACGAAACAGACGAAAUAAAGAUUAUUAGAGAAGACACAUUGGAAAGCAUUCAACAAACUAACAACGCGGAUAACCACACUCCAAAUUAUGAAUAUGAUAUUUUAUAUGAAAAUCAGCGAGGACUGUUCGUUUUAGGAGUACCAAAGUUCAGCUCUAAGGCCUUGAGUCCAACUGACCCGCCUCCGUGGACCGAUAAUAAACAAAAGCAAGUUUUCCCUGACGGAUAUUUACACUUUUCAAUUGCCAAACCCAUCCUGGGAAUGGAGUGGAUGAUCGAUAUGUCCGAUGAUGUUGAUGAAGAAGGCUGGGAAUAUGCAUUUGCUUUUCAUUGUGCAAACUGGCAUGGUCAUUACCAAACAUUUCGGUCAUUUGUUCGUAGAAGGCGUUGGAUUCGGUUGCGUCGUCUUAAGGAAAAUAAGGAUAAUCCUCAUAUAAAUAAUGAGGCAGAAAUAAAUCCUGAGAUGUCUGUAACUGGGAGUCUCUGGAAUAAGGUCAAAACUUCAAAAUCGGAUCGGGAAAAAAUCUCAGUGGUUAAAGAUUUCAUUCUCAAUGGCGGAGAUUUGACGCCUUUGAAUCAAAGGUUGAAAGAAUUCGUUGAAUUAUUUGAUCAUCAAGAAAGUCGACGGAUAUUUUUGGAGUUGUUGUUGAUGUACGGAACCAAUCAGGCUUCAUCUAAUAGCCCAAUGUUACUGGAUUUCUUUUCUGAUGCUAGAGAAAUGUUAGAACGCGUAAAAGAUACCUUAGAUACUAGGUAUUCUACAGCAAAAAACAAUAAUGAAUUGAAUUAA